AUGGCGUCCCCAUCACCCCCGUUACAAAGGGCCCGUGGAGCAAGGGCACGCAUAUGCGUGCACUGCGGUCGGAGCUUCCGGCGAACAGAGCAUUUGGAGCGUCACAUUCGCACCCACACCAAGGAGAAGCCAUUUAUUUGUUUCUGUGGGGCAGCGUUCACUAGAAGGGAUCUACUGAAGCGUCACACGCGCAUCUCCCACCAAGAUGGCCUUACCUCGCCAAGUGCGCCGCCUGAGCCAACCGCAAAGUCGGAUUUCCAGCCAGCACAUCAUCCUGCAGCUAUCCCGCAAUAUGAUACACCAUCCCGCUCGGUAGGGCCCCUUGCAGGACCGUCUGCUGUGCACCAAUGGCCUGCUGCACCGAGUACACCUUAUCUAGACCAGAGCCAUGCUGCUGGCAUGCUUCCAGCAGCUGCGGCUGCCUCGAACCCGGCUAUGGAGGCACAUCCCGGUAUGGUGCAUGAUCCAGACAUGCUUCAAGCUGCGCAAUUGCUUCUUCCUGGUGAUUACCAGGCUACAGCGCAACCUAUGCCCUACCUACCUGAAGAUUUAAACCAUUUCCAAGAGUUUACUCACUUCUUGGAUUCAAUUGGCCUACCUGGAGAAUGGCUUCCCAGCGAAGGAGAAACAUCUCAAACACAAGAUGUCCCUCUGGAAAAUGUCCAAGAAGCCGCCCGACCGACUCAAGAUCAACAGGAAAGGCAGCGACGAAAUCCAGGUGGCACGUCUCGGGGAGACUCACCAUUUCGAUCAUGGCUUCCGUCUGUACCAAGGGGUGACCAGAGCUUAGGGAACCUCUCCGAUUCUGAACCCCCACAAGUAGCAAAGAAAACAUCGCGAUUCAAUGUCACUGAAGACCAACGCUUUCGACUAGCAGCCUCCCUUGAAGAUUUCCGCAACGUCAUUCCUGACUUCGUACUGCCAUCUCGACAUACAUUGACGCGAUAUCUCACGUCCUACUUCGAGGGAUUUCAACCUCAUCUUCCGUUUAUGCACAUACCAACUUUUCAUAUUAAUGAACGUGCCCCUGAGGUCAUCCUCGCCAUAAUGACGAUUGGCGCUCAAUAUCGAUUUGAACAUCGCAACGCGGAAAGGAUCUUCCACGUCUCUAAAGCGGUCCUCUUUGAGCGGAUGUCCCGAGAAUCCCGUCUUCCUUCUAAACCUAGCUACAGUUCAGCCUCUCAAGUGCCGCUGGGGAUCCCGCCAUAUUCCAACUUCGGAGACCAAUCCCUCACAGCACCGCAGGUAGCAGCGGAACGAAAUGCUUCAUGGAAGCAGAUUGAAGUCACUCGCUGUUUGCUCAUUCUGAUGGGCUACGCCACUUGGGAGAAUGCGCGACUGGUACAAGAAGCCUUCCACCUCCAGGGAUUGUUGGUUCGACACCUCCGUGAGGCUGGGUUGACAGAAGACCCCUUGCGCUCAGAUCCACGAGCGCCUCUUGAUUGGUAUGAAUGGGCUGAUCAAGAAUCUGGCCGACGCACAAAGUUGAUUGCGUUCUGUUUCGUCCACAUCCACAGUAUCGCGUACAACGCCUAUCCCUCUCUGCGCAGUAAUGAGAUUCACCUGCGGCUGCCUUGUUCCACCAUGGAAUGGAUUGCAGCCACCCCUCAAGAAUGGGAAGCGGCUCAGCGGGAGAGAGGUCCACAGCAGCUAUUCUUCCAGGAUGCAUUGACCCUUCUUCUACAGAAGUCCCGAUCAGCUGUGCCGUUGGAUCCUAUCCCGGCACCAUUGGGUAACUAUAUUCUCCUCCACGGUCUCCUACAAAGAAUCCAUCUUGUGAGCGAGCUAUCAUUACCAAAUGGAAACCACUCCACAACUCUCCCUACUGAAGAGCUUAACAAACUAGAACGAGCUCUUCGUUCCUGGACCUCAGUAUGGCAACAAGCCCCCGAGUCCAGUCUCGAUCCACACAACGCCAACGGUCCAAUCCCAUUCACCUCAAGCGCUUUCCUAGGCCUGGCCUACGUCCGCCUCUCCAUGAAUCUAGGUCCCUACCGACGACUCGAAACUCGUGAUCCAGUGGUCAUCGCCUCAGCACUCCGACGCUCCCCACGUCCAGAGCGAAGCUACCGCCUCAUCCCGGCUCUGAUCUACGCUGCCCAUGCUCUCAGCAUCCCCGUGCGUCUCGGUAUUGACCAUAUUGCUCGCAGUCAGGCUUUCUUCUGGAGUGUGCGUCAUUCGCUUGCUAGUCUUGAGUGUGCUGUGCUGCUCAGCAAGUGGCUCUUUAGUCUUGCUGAGGCCGGGCCGGAUCAAUCUUUGAGCGAAAACGAAACCCGUAUUCUACGAUGGACACGCUGCAUAAUCGAGGAAGCAUACUCAUCUAUAGAUCUAGAUGAAGGUGAGGCACCGCCGAACCUUGAACCGGCUUCUUUGGGCAUGGCUGUUCUCAAGCUGUGGGCCCGAUUAUUCCGUACGAACACCCAAUGGCCAUUUAUCAAUGUCCUUGGGCAGAGUUUGGAACGAUACAUGACUAUGAUUUGA